ACCAUCCAGUUCCAGUAGUUCCUCAGCUAUCCUCUGCUCCACCACCCACCGUUGCGCGAUAAUCGAUGUGCGACUGGCUUCUCAGUGCGCCGUAUGAAGAACCAUCUCGUGCUUCAGCUGCUACUGCUUCUGCUCACCUGUUUCGGGCAACCUGGCAUGCUGGUGACGGCGCGGCGAAUACAGACGGCAGAUUUCAAGGUGCUGUCGCAAGUGCUGGCGGCAUGGGGCAGCUUCGCGGACGGCAAGACGUGGUCGGCCAACAGCGACUGCUCCACUGUGCAGGGCGUCACCUGCGACGCCGAUGGCUACGUCAUCUCCCUUGCAACGGCAGGCAACGCGUUCUACAAGCCCAUCCCCGACGCCGUCAGUGGCCUGCAGCAUCUCACAUACCUGGCCAUCACGUCCAGCCAUCUGGUGGGGUCGCUGCCUGCAGCGCUCUUCAACCUGCCGCUGCUCAGUGGCAUCAAGUUGAGUGUGAAUCAUCUCAGUGGCUCCAUACCAGACGACAUCAGCAAGCUCACAGGCCUCACAUACCUGUACCUGGCACAGAACGGGUUCAGCGGGUCCGUGCCCGAUGCACUGUCGCACCUCAGCCAGCUCAUCAGACUGAGCCUUGCGACCAACAUGCUCACUGACAGCAUUCCCACUGCCAUCAGCACCAUCACUACCCUCAAUACCCUUGAGCUGCAGGUUAACUACUUUUCCGGGCCUGUACCUGACUGGGUCUCCACAAUGCCAAGACUUAUGAGCAUCAACAUGCAGCAGAACCUUUUGAAUGGCACCAUACCAGCCUCUCUCAGCAGCAUGACACAGCUCACCAAACUCAACCUGGGAAUGAACUUCAUUGAGGGCUCGAUUCCGGACGAGAUCGGCAACCUUGUGAACUUGCAGUCGCUCAUUCUUGAGACCAACCUCCUCAACGGCACAAUUCCUGCCUCUCUGGGAGCGCUGAAGCAGCUAAAUGACCUGCAGUUGGCAUGGACAGACAUUGCUGGGACGCUGCCCUCCUCAAUUGGAACCCUCACUCAGCUGAACAUCCUGUACCUGGAGGGCAUGUGGCUCACGGGCACUGUUCCCAGAUCAUUCUCCAACCUCCAGAACCUGGGCUACUUCUACUUGAACAGGAACGAAUUUUCUGGCGACAUUUACAGCAUCACCAGCAGCAUGACGAGGCUUGUCACACUUGACGUGUCCAGCAACCAGUUCAUGGGUCGCCUGCCCGCGCCCCCGUCGCCCUCCCUGCAGUUCUACUACGCGCACCGCUGCUUCUUCUCCCACGGUGCUGUCGUGCCGCCCAAGGCCAACCGCACCUUCUAUGCCAACGUGUUUGAGAACUGCCUGACCGCUGCCUCCCUGGUGCCAGGAGAUUUUGAGGGCCAGAAAAACCUGCAGGAGUGCGCCGCUUUUUGUGGCCUUGCUGCUGGAGACGCCAGGCCGCUGUGCAAUGGGCAUGGCGUGUGCUCCUUCAAUUCCUCCGUGCAGGAAUCAGCAUGCACCUGCGAUAGUAACUUUGACAACCAGGCUGGACCCCACUCCUGCACCUACAGUGUCCUCCCUUCAACCGAGUCGUCCCAGUCAACGGCGGUCUCCCUGUCUGCUGCAGCGACUCAGCUGUUCAACGGCAGCAUCAUCCUCACCCCAUCCGCCAGCAGCACAUGGGGGGCAGCCGUGGUGCAGACGCCCAUCCGCCUCUUCCACUUCAUCGACAGCCCCGGCCCGUGCGGCACCCCCUUUGCCUUCAACGCCUCCUUCACCUUCGCCAUGAGGCCAGCAGCGCAAGGCGCGGGAGGGGAAGGGCUGGCGUUCGUGGUGAGUGCUUCGCCACCGCAGGGGGCCGCAGCAGGUGUGGGGCUGGGAGGGGUGAGGAAAAGAAGUGUGGGGGUGGAGUUUGACUCGGUGCUGAGUGUGAAGCACAGCGACCCCAACGACAACCACGUGGGCGUCAAUGUGGGCGGCUCACCUGUGUCCCUCGCCUCUGCCACGGCCCCUCUCAUCCUCAACGACGCCCAAACCAAGCACGCCUGGAUCCACUACGACCCCACCAGCGGCGGCACGCUCCGAGUCUUCCUCUCCUCCGACCCCGUGCAGCCCCUCACCCCCACCCUCCGCGCCCGAGUGUCCCUCUGCUCCAUCCUGCAGCCCACUGCUGCAGAGACCAACUUCUUCUUCGGCUUCAUCGCAUCAACAGCAGAGAAUGCCCAAGAGAAUGUCAUCCUAAACUGGGAGGUUGUUACAGGUUUACCUCCACGGCCUCCUCUCAAUGCACAAGACCUGGCGCUGGGGUUUGUGUUGGACGAGGACUCCUUCUCAUCUCUGGGCUUCAAUUCCUUCUUCCACUACGCCAGCGGGGGAUUCGAGCCAUCGGCGGACAACAGCCCCUCAUGGCUUGUCAAGUCCUUCUCCUCCUGGAUCUUGCCUCAAGCCGUCUGGCCCGUGAAGAACCAAGGGGGCUGCGCGGACUCGUGGGCGUAUGCAGUGGUGGCAGCGGUGGAGGCAGCCUACAGCAUUGCCAACAACCGGUCGCAGCCCCCUGUGCUGUCGGUGGACCAUCUGCGCCUCGCCCUCUCCUCCAACUGCGACGGUGGCUCCCCCACCAAGGCGCUGCAGUUCCUCCUCAACACCACCAACCAGGGCAGGGGGCUGCUGGAGCAGGCAGCUUACAUUGCCUCCUCUGUGAAAGGCAUACGGUCUCUAGGACGUAAAGCAGCUGCCAAGCCCACCAUCAAGUACUAUGGCAUCCGGGGCAUCGAGCGCACGACCUUCUACGGGUGGUUUGGGCUCAUGCUGGCAGUGCAGCGCCAGCCAGUCAUUGUGCACAUCGAGGCCUCCGCACCCUCCUUCCAAGACUACGAUGGGAGCGACACAUAUGCUGACGAGGGAUGUUUCACGGACCAUCUCAACCACGUGGUGCUGGUGAUGGGCUAUCUGGUGGCUGGUGUUGACUCUGCUAAGCCCGACCUGCCGCCGCCCUUCUGGAUCAUCCGCAACUCAUGGGGCACACAGUGGGGCGACCAGGGCCACAUGCGAAUGGACAUACGCAGUGACGAUGGCAUCUGCGGCAUCAACACUCUCCCGGGGCUCUUCCCCGUUGUCAGAACACCUGCUGACCCCUGUGGCCAGCGUUCCUACAAGCACGACAUACUGGGCCCUACCUUCAACCCGUGUGGCCAGUUCCAGUGCACCACCAAAGGGGCCAGCAACCGCUGCAAGUGCUCUGAUACCCGCUUUUCUGAAGUCAAGAACACUGAUGGGUCAUACACUUGUGGUUAUGUGGACGUGUGUGGGUCCAGCAGUCGCAACCCGUGUGUGGUGGGCACGUGUGUGAACGAUGGCAGGGGAAGCUACUCCUGUGUGUGUCCCAGGGGCUUCAUACAAGGCACCAUGAUUGGUGGAGGCUUCUCCUGCACUCCUGGCCAGGAGCAGGGCACGUACACGGUGCUGGGUGCCAACGUCUUUUGCUCGCACAUCAUGGCUGUCUUCAGCCUGCCGCUCGCCCACUUCCUGCAGCAAAACAAGGGUGUUUCAUGCACCAAGCCUCUGCCCAUCAACAAGCAGCUCUAUGUGGUGUUCAACAUCCCUGAAUGCAGUGUAUUCUACAGCACCAAUGCAGGUGACACGUGUGCAGGGGUGGGGCGGCAGGUGGAGCUGUGUGGGCAGGCGGCCUCGGAUGCGGCGUGUGAGGCGGCAUUUCAGGCGCUCAACCCCGCUGUGGACUGCUCGUCCCUGAAGCCCUCCCAGGCAGUGUGCGUGGAGAGACACCCCUCCAAGGCCAACCGCAUAGCCGUGUGUGACGAGUAUCAUCGACCGCAAGCAGCAGACACGUGUGACAGCAUCAGGGACGCCGCUGUUCCCCCUCUGAGCGCCUUGGAGCUGUACCGCCUCAACCCCGGCAUCAACUGCAACCAGCUCAUUCCGGCGAAAUCGUUCCACUUCAAAGGGUCCCUUGAACGAGAGAUCUGCACCAAGAGCUCCACAUCAUUUGCCAUUGGGAGCUGUCCAACGGACAACCAGUACUACUUCAUGCCCACGGACAGCUGCAGUAAUGUCCAGAUCACGCACUUCCAUGGCAUCAAGGGUUGCUAUCGGAAGAUCAACGGAUAUGAAUGCGUAGAUAAGAUGACCCCCGGAACAAAGGUAUGCUUACCGAAUUACAAUAGUGCCCGAACUGGUGAUUGUGUUUAUUAGGAGUUGCUUCUGUCAAAACAUAUAUACCGGUAUAUAUAUAUAUAUAUAUAUGUCUUAUAG